AUGCUUAGACAACUGAGAACGACUGCUAGCCUGAUUGGCAGAAGGUGCUUUGUAUCAUCGACUAAUGUUUCGUUUCAAAAACAGCCGUUUGCUCUCAAUAAGGAGGAAAUGACCUCUCCACAUUCUUUGGCUAAGGAAUCUCAUUUGCCUAAGAUUGAACACGACUUGAAAACAAAACCACGUCAAGCCAAGACGAAAAACCCGUUCUUGUCGGAUCAUAAAAUCGAAAAUGAUCCAACAUACAAGAUGUCAUCUUUCGCACAAUCUAUUGGACAAACGAUUGUGAGAUUGUUUAAUAUCGACAUGGAUAAGUCAAGAGCUGGACCGGUGGCUGGAUCUUAUUACUUUGGUGAGUGUAAGAGACAAGGUAUGUAUUACCCCAAUGAGCCUCUUUCAGACACUGCGAAGUUCUACUAUGAGACAUUAGGUCUACCUCAAAGUUUUUCUCAGUGGUUUCAAAUAACUGCCUUACAUUACUGGAUUUUGUCUGUAAGAAUGAGAGCCAUGCCAUUCAAGUAUGGCAGAAACUAUCAGCAGAAGUUGGUUGAUAGAAUAUUCAGAGACAUGGAGUUAAGAAUGGCAGGAGAAUUGGGUAUCAGCUCCAAUAGAAUUAUCGAGGGUUAUUUGAAGGAUUACCACACACAGCUAUUGGGCUGUGUUCUUUCAUAUGAUGAAGGUUUAAUGACUGAUGAUAUUACUUUGGCUGCAGCUCUCUGGAGGAACAUUUUCAAUGGUAACCCAAAUGCUGAUAUGAGACACAUUGAAGCUUUGCUUGGAUACGUCCGGCAACAGUUGUAUGUCUUGAACAAGAUAAGCGACAGGGAAUUUGGAUUUGGAAACUUUAAGUUCGUUGCCCCUGACGAGGUGGUGAAACCAUUAACAAAAGCUCAAGAGGAGAAAUUGAGAGAAGAGGCGAAAAAGGAGUUUGCCUCUAAGACUUUACCUUCGCAAAGAAGUACUCUUUCAUUAGAUGAGUAA